AGAGCGUGAAGGCCUCGGUGUGCGCCUGCGCGCUGGCGGCGGCUGUGGCGGGGCCCGGCGGGGAGCGGGUCCGGAGCAGGCUCCCGGACCCAAAACUGAAGGGGGUGUCUGGGGCGUCAGGGAGCUCCCUCGCCUGGCCCACGACGGCCUGAUGGAGUAAGAGGGGUUGGCUGUGAAUGUGUGACGUUGAGUGCUUCAGAUCUGAUCACUAUGGUACGAGAACAAAAAUGCAUAUUGUGCCACAUUGUCUACAGCUCAAAAAAGGAGAUGGACGAACACAUGCGGAGCAUGUUGCAUCACAGGGAACUUGAGAACCUGAAGGGCAGGGACAUUAGUCAUGAGUGCCGAGUGUGCGGGGUCACAGAAGUGGGUCUUUCUGCAUAUGCAAAGCACAUUUCUGGCCAGUUGCACAAAGAUAACGUUGAUGCCCAGGAAAGAGAAGAUGAUGGAAAAGGAGAGGAAGAGGAAGAAGAUUAUUUUGACAAGGAACUCGUUCAGUUAAUAAAACAAAGGAAAGAACAAAGUCGACAAGAUGAACCUUCCAAUAGCAACCAAGAAAUAAACUCUGAUGACAGACGACCCCAAUGGAGACGAGAAGACCGAAUUCCUUACCAAGACAGAGAGAGUUACAGUCAGCCUGCAUGGCAUCAUCGUGGACCUCCACAGCGGGAUUGGAAAUGGGAAAAAGAUGGCUUUAAUAAUACUAGGAAAAACAGCUUUCCACAUUCUUUGAGGAAUGGUGGCGGGCCAAGAGGACGUUCCGGGUGGCAUAAAGGUGUUGCAGGAGGCUCCUCGACUUGGUUUCACAACCAUAGUAAUUCUGGAGGUGGUUGGCUUUCAAAUAGCGGAACAGUAGAUUGGAAUCAUAAUGGUACAGGAAGGAAUUCCAGUUGGCUUUCUGAAGGAACAGGUGGCUUUUCCAGUUGGCAUAUGAACAACAGUAACGGAAACUGGAAAUCCAGUGUACGUAGUACAAAUAAUUGGAAUUACAGUGGCCCUGGAGACAAAUUUCAACCAGGCAGAAACAGAAAUUCUAACUGUCCAAUGGAAGACAUGACUGUGCUAUGGAACAAGAAAUCUAGUAAGUCAAACAAAUACAGUCAGGACAGAUAUAAUUGGCAGCGGCAAGAAAAUGACAAACUUGGUACAGUUGCCACAUAUAGAGGUCCUUCUGAAGGAUUUGCAAGUGAUACAUUUCCUUCAGAAGGCUUACUCGACUUCAAUUUUGAGCAGCCAGAAAGCCAAACCACUAAACAAACAGACACUGCUACUUCCAAAGUUAGUGGAAAGAAUGGCAGUGCGGCAAGGGAAAAGCCUCGUCGCUGGACGCCUUACCCUUCCCAGAAGACUCUGGAUUUACAGUCGGGAUUGAAAGACGUCACUGGUAACAAGUCAGAAAUGAUAGAGAAACCUCUCUUUGAUUUCAGCUUGAUAACUACAGGAAUACAGGAGCCCCAAACUGAUGAAACACAUAAUUCCCCAACACAGAAAACACAAAAAGAAAUGCAUACUGGAUCUCUUAAUCACAAGGCCUCUUCUGAUUCUGCUGCUUCCUUUGAGGUGGUGAGACAGUGCUCUGUUACAGAAAAACCUGAACAAGAGCAUGCCCCAAAUAAAAUGCCGUCAUUGAAAUCCCCACUCCUUCCAUGUCCAGCCACUAAACCAUUUCCUCAAAAGCAAGAUCCAAAGAAUACCUCAAAAAACACCAAAACAAAUUUUUUUUCCCCUGGAGAACACUCAGAUCCCUCGAGCAAGCCCUCUGCGGAAGAUAACCAUGGUCCUUACAUAUCCAAACUGCGUAGUUCAUGUCCUCAUGUUUUAAAAGGGAGUAAAAGUCCAUUUGGCUCUCAAAAGCAAUCUGGUGACAAUUUAAAUGAUACAUUACGAAAGGCCAAAGAGGUGCUACAGUGUCAUGAGUCAUUGCAAAAUCCACUUCUUAACACUUCUAAAAGGACCAGGAACUAUGCAAAAGCAAGUAGAAAUGUAGAAGAAUCUGAAAAAGGGUCUUUGAAAAUUGAGUUUCAAGUGCACGCACUAGAAGAUGAAAGUGAUGGAGAGACAUCUGACACGGAAAAGCAGGGAACAAAAAUUGGAACCCUAGGUUCUGCAACUACAGAAUUGUUAUCCGGCAGCACUCGUACUGCUGAUGAGAAAGAGGACGAUGACCGAAUCCUGAAGACUUCUAGAGAACUAUCCACUUCCCCAUGUAAUCCCACAGUUCACCAGAAAGAAUCUGAAUUACAAAUGACAUCUGCAGCCAGUCCACACCCUGGCUUAUUGCUAGACUUGAAAACCUCUCUAGAAGAUGCACAGGUUGAUGACUCUAUUAAAUCUCAUGUAUCUUAUGAAACAGAAGGCUUUGAGAGUACUAGCUUGGAUGCAGAGCUUCAAAAAAGUGACAUCAGUCAGCCCUCGGGCCCUCUCCUGCCUGAACUAAGUAAGCUUGGCUUUCCUGCCUCACUUCAGAGGGAUCUAACCCGGCACAUUAGUUUGAAGAGCAAAACUGGAGUGCACCUUCCUGAGCCAAACCUCAAUAGUGCCCGCCGCAUUCGCAAUAUUAGCGGUCACCGAAAGAGUGAGACAGAGAAGGAGUCUGGGCUCAAGCCAACCCUACGGCAGAUUCUAAAUGCAUCUCGGAGAAAUGUCAACUGGGAACAGGUCAUUCAGCAAGUAACCAAGAAAAAGCAAGAGCUGGGCAAAGGCUUACCCAGGUUUGGCAUAGAAAUGGUACCCCUUGUUCAAAAUGAACAAGAAGCCUUAGAUUUGGAUGGGGAACCUGAUCUGUCCAGUCUAGAAGGAUUCCAGUGGGAAGGCGUUUCCAUUUCCUCAUCCCCUGGCUUGGCAAGAAAGCGAAGCCUUUCUGAGAGCAGCGUGAUCAUGGACAGAGCUCCUUCUGUGUAUAGCUUCUUCAGUGAGGAAGGUACAGGCAAAGAAAAUGAGCCCCAGCAGAUGGUUUCACCUAGUAACUCAUUGAGGGCUGGACAGAGUCAGAACGCAACCAUGCACCUCAAACAAGAAGUGACACCUCUGGCUGCCUCCCUCCGAACAGGUGAAAGGGCUGAAAAUGUUGCUACCCGAAGGCGACAUAGUGCACAAUUACCUUCUGAUGAUAUAAUACCUUUGAUGCAUUCAGCAAAAGACUUGAACAGCCAGGAGAGGUCUAUGCCACCUUCAGAGAGUCAGAAUUCCCAAGAGAGUAAUGGAGAAGGAAACUCUCUGUCAUCAAAUGCAUCCUCAGCCCUUGUGAUCUCCAGUUUAGUGGAUGCAGCCACAGAUAGUAGCUGUACCUCUGGUGCUGAACAAAAUGAUGGCCAAAGUAUUAGAAAGAAACGAAGAGCCACUGGAGAUGGAUCUUCUCCUGAACUCCCAAGUCUUGAGAGAAAAAAUAAAAGAAGGAAAAUUAAAGGAAAAAAAGAACGUUCUCAGGUUGACCAGCUGCUGAAUAUUUCUUUAAGGGAGGAAGAACUUAGUAAGUCAUUGCAGUGCAUGGAUAACAAUCUUCUGCAAGCCCGUGCAGCCCUUCAGACAGCUUAUGUGGAAGUUCAGAGGCUACUUAUGCUCAAGCAGCAGAUAACUAUGGAGAUGAGUGCACUGAGGACCCAUAGAAUACAGAUUCUACAGGGAUUACAAGAAACAUAUGAACCUUCUGAGCACCCAGACCAGGUUCCCUGUAGCCUCACACGAGAACGAAGGAACAGUAGAUCUCAAACAUCCGUUGAUGCCGCACUGCUGCCUACUCCCUUUUUCCCACUUUUUCUGGAGCCUCCAUCUUCCCAUGUGUCUCCAUCACCCACCGGAGCCUCUCUUCAGAUAACCACAUCUCCUACUUUCCAAACCCAUGGCAGUGUCCCUGCUCCAGACUCAUCAGUUCAGAUUAAACAAGAGCCCAUGUCUCCUGAACAAGAUGAGAAUGUGAAUGCUGUGCCACCAAGCUCUGCCUGCAAUGUGUCCAACGAACUACUGGAAGCUAAUAGAGAGAUCAGUGACAGUUGUCCAGUUUAUCCAGUCAUCACUGCUAGAUUGUCCUUAUCAGAGUCAACAGAAAGUUUCCAUGAGCCUAGCCAAGAACUGAAGUUUUCUGUGGAGCAAAGAAAUACCAGAAACAGAGAGAACUCUCCCUCUUCCCAAUCAGCUGGUCUUUCUAGCAUAAAUAAAGAAGGGGAAGAGCCAACCAGAGGCAAUAGUGGGUCUGAAGCCUGUACCAGUUCUUUUCUAAGAUUGUCUUUUGCUUCAGAAACCCCUUUGGAAAAGGAACCCCACUCUCCAGCUGACCAGCCUGAACAACAGGCAGAAUCCACUUUGACAUCCGCUGAGACUAGGGGAAGCAAGAAAAAGAAGAAACUUCGGAAGAAGAAAAGUCUACGGGCUGCCCAUGUUCCUGAGAAUAGUGACACUGAACAGGAUGUUUUGACUGUUAAACCCGUAAGGAAAGUAAAAGCUGGAAAGUUAAUUAAAGGGGGGAAAGUAACAACCUCCACUUGGGAAGACAGCAGGACUGGUCGGGAGCAGGGGAGUGUCAGAGAUGAGCCAGAUAGUGACUCGUCUCUGGAAGUCCUAGAAAUUCCUAAUCCUCAGUUAGAAGUAGUAGCCAUUGAUUCUUCAGAAUCAGGAGAAGAGAAACCAGACAGCCCAUCUAAAAAGGAUAUUUGGAACUCUACAGAGCAAAACCUGCUAGAAACUUCUCGUUCUGGGUGUGAUGAAGUUAGCUCGACCAGUGAAAUUGGCACUCGCUAUAAAGACGGCAUCCCUGUAAGUGUGGCAGAAACUCAGACUGUGAUCUCUUCCAUAAAAGGAUCAAAGAAUUCUUCAGAAAUAUCUUCAGAGCCAGGAGAUGAUGAUGAGCCCACAGAAGGAACCUUUGAGGGGCACCAAGCUGCUGUCAAUGCAAUUCAGAUAUUUGGGAACUUACUAUAUACCUGUUCAGCAGAUAAAACUGUCCGGGUUUAUAAUCUGGUGAGUCGGAAAUGUGUUGGUGUCUUUGAGGGCCAUACCUCGAAAGUAAACUGCCUCCUGGUUACCCAGACAUCUGGGAAGAACGCUGCCCUUUACACUGGCUCCAGUGACCAUACCGUCCGUUGCUAUGAUGUUAAGAGCCGAGAGUGUGUGGAGCAGUUACAGCUGGAAGACCGGGUCCUCUGCUUGCACAGCAGGUGGCGAAUCCUCUAUGCGGGACUGGCAAAUGGCACUGUGGUCACCUUCAACAUAAAGAACAACAAGCGACUUGAGAUCUUUGAAUGCCAUGGCCCCCGGGCAGUCAGCUGUCUUGCCACAGCUCAGGAAGGUGCCCGAAAACUGCUGGUCGUGGGCUCUUAUGACUGCACCAUUAGUGUACGCGACGCCCGGAAUGGACUGCUCCUCAGAACUCUGGAGGGCCAUAGCAAAACCAUUCUUUGCAUGAAGGUGGUGAAUGAUCUCGUGUUCAGUGGCUCCAGUGAUCAGUCAGUCCAUGCCCACAACAUUCAUACUGGUGAGCUCGUGCGGAUCUAUAAAGGUCACAAUCACGCAGUGACUGUGGUGAAUAUCCUAGGAAAGGUGAUGGUGACUGCUUGCCUGGAUAAAUUUGUUCGUGUCUAUGAAUUACAGUCUCAUGAUCGAUUACAAGUUUAUGGAGGACACAAAGACAUGAUUAUGUGUAUGACCAUCCAUAAAAGCAUGAUUUACACUGGCUGUUACGAUGGCAGUAUUCAGGCCGUGAGGCUUAAUCUGAUGCAGAAUUACCGCUGUUGGUGGCAUGGCUGCUCUCUGAUAUUCGGCGUUGUAGAUCAUUUAAAACAACACUUGCUGACUGACCACACUAAUCCCAACUUCCAGACUCUGAAAUGUCGCUGGAAGAACUGCGAUGCUUUCUUCACUGCUAGGAAAGGAUCCAAACAGGAUGCUGCAGGACAUAUUGAACGACACGCUGAAGAUGACAGCAAAAUUGAUUCAUGAAGUUGUUUGCCUCCCACGUUGGGAAGUCAUUGGUUGAACUAUUUUCACGUCAGCCCCCCACACAGGCCACUCUCUUCCCUUCCUUGGUGAAGCAAGGAAGCAGAAAGUGGUUACUAGCCAGGCCCCUAGCAUGAGUCUGGGCAGCUCUAUGGGAUGAUAGAUUACUCUUUAAGUUCUUGCUGGAGGUUUUAAAUAGAUGUAGACAGAUGUUAGGGAACCACACUCCUCUGGGACAGCAUGGCAUACAGUGAUUUAUGCUACUUGCGCUCUCCAGAUGUUUACUAAAGAUACAGAUCCUAAUUGGUGACCCAGUUUGACCCUAAUCAUAUGUAUAUUUUAUUGAGUUCAGUUUGCAAUGUUUAGUUUAUGUUCUUAUGGUGGUUGAAACCUAUAGUCAGGCUUUUAAGUACAAAUUUGUUUAAGUGCUAGACUUUCGGGAUCAGUUUUAAUUUCUCCAUUUGUAAUAGCUGGGUAUUUAAAUUGGAAGCAAAUAGUUUUCUUUCUUAACAAUUAUGUGCAGUGUGUGUCCCUGUUUUCUUGCUUCAUAGAUGGACAGAGCUGGCUUUAAGUGCUAAAGGACACAGAUUUUUGACAAAUAGCGGCUGCUCUGCUGACUAUAUUUUAGGAAUUCAGAAAGCAAAUCACAUAGUGACAAGUCCUUACAACACCACUUCCUAGUAAACCUCUGUAAAUGUGGACAGAAAGCUCAGUGUGAGGCAGUGCGUAGACCUAAUGUCUACCUUUACGUUUGCUGUUGAACUGGGCAUUACCUGCCACAGAUCCUGUCAGGCUGUUGCAGCUGGAGGUGUACCUUUAUCUUCCUUUCUAGCGUCUGACCCUGCAAGCCUAAUGUCGGUUUGAACCCUUUUGGUUUGUUCAGUUGCCAGCCUCCAUCUCUCCCAGUGUACGGCUGUGCCUAGACUGAUGGCAGCCAUCCAGUAUUCCCCCGGGCUCAUGGUGUUUUCCACCCCUCUGCAGCACCCAAGAUGGUGGGGGAGAAGGGGUUAGAAUAAAGCAUCUGAAUACGGUUUUUAGGACCUCAAGCAGACUUCCUAGAGACUUGUUUCUGAGACAGUUCUUUGCCUUCACAUCCCUGCUAGGUGGGAAAGAAGAGUGGAGCAGAGAUUCUGCCUGGCCACUGAGAACAGCCAAAUUCACAAACCCUGAGUGGGGCUUUGUUUUUGGAUUUUCUCCAGACUCAUCAGUAAACCUGUAGAAGUGUUGCUUUCCAGCCUUUUGUUUCUGGAUCCUCAAAACUCAGAAAGUGGCCAGGCGUGGUGGCUCAUGCCUGUAAUCCCAGCACUUUGGGAGGCCCAGGCAAGCAGAUCACCUGAGGUUAGGAGUUGGAGACCAGCCUGGCCAACAUGGCAAAACCCCAUCUCUACUGAAAAUACAAAAAUUAGCUGGGCAUGGUGGUGUGCACUUGUAAUCCCAGCUGCUCAGGAGGCUGAGGCAGGAGAAUCGCUUGAACCCGGGAGGCGGAGAUUGUAGUGAGCCGAGAUUGCGCCACUGCACUCCAGCCUGGGUGACAGAGUGAGACUCCGUCUCAAAAAAAAAAAAAAAACCUCAGAAAGCUUCUUCAGAGAGAGAAAAUAAGGGGGAGGAGCCCAGGGCCACAUACCAAGCUUUGGGACAUGCUCUCUGGGAUUGCAGAACAUCCAUGUCUGUCUUCGCCCCUAUUAGUGCACACACAUCUACUCACACGUCUUCCCUCAGGCUAUCGGGCAGGGGUCUUCACCAGGGGGUUCAUGGGUAGGCUUCAAGAGGGUCUGUGAACCCCCAGAAAUUGUGUGUGAGACUGAGUAUGUGUUCUUUUUUCCAGGAAAGGCUCCAGUGGUUCUUAGUGGAUCCAAAAAAUGUUAAGAAUUAAUCUAGAAGGCUGGGCUUGGUGGUUCACGCCUGUAAUCCCAGCACUUUGGGAGGCCGAGGUGGGCGGAUCACUCAAGGUCAGGCGUUUGAGACCAGCCUGGCCAACAUGGUGAAACCCCGUCUCCACUAAAAAUACAAAAAUUAGCUGGGUGUGGUGGCGUGUGCCUGUAGUCUCAGCUACUUGGGAGGCUGAGACAGGAGAAUCACUUGAACCUGGGAGGUAGAAGUUGCAGUGAGCCAAGAUCCUACCACCGCACUCCAGCCUAGGCAACAGAGUGAAACUCCACUUCAAAAAAAAAAAAAAGGUUAAUCUAGGAGAUAAUGAAUGGCCUAGAACUAGAUAAUAAAUGCCCCCACAAGCUCUUGAUUUCUGUCCUUAGGGAAAGCCAUUUUGUUAACCACACUAGUGAGAUUUAUGUGAUGCUUAAUGGAGAACAGAGAAGAUCUUGUUGCAAAAAAUGUGUUAAAUAUUCGUGCUGUUUCUGUAUGAGAUUAAGAAGCUUUUCCUACCUCUUACCCCUGUUUCCUAUAAGGAUAUCCAGAGAAGCCAAGCUGUUCUGUGUGUUUGGGAAUGGUCGUUUCCCGGGAAGAUGCAUUUGGAUCGAUGACUAAACCUGGCCCUUUUCCCUGGGCUGUAGUGAAGCCACAUUUUCACGCUGGCUGUGUGCUGAGAGAGCCUCGAAUGCUCUGCGGCAUAGUGCCCUUCUGCCCUGCCUGAGGAUGUGUCGAAAAGAUGACAGUGGAGGAGCCUUUGUGCAGCAGGAAGAGGCUAGGUGAGGUGUUGGGCAGUUGUGGGGAACUUCUGAGAGUAUUACAGACAGGUAGAAUCAGUAAGAACUCCGAUUUGGACUUCGCGUUGGUGGAACUGUGUGCCUGUAUCUGCCUGUGUGUGUGCAAGUGCGCAGGUUCCUUUGUGUGCAUGUGUACGUGUGGGAACCUGUACUUGUCAUAGUUUUCUUCAUUUCACGAAGGCUUUUUUUGAAGCAGUGGCAGUAAUAAUGCCUUUGUUUCAAGAACACGUGAAAUUCUUUUAACACCAGAUUAGCGUAUUACCCAAAAUGAACCGUUCUAGCCCUCCGUUAAGAAAUAAAGGGACCAUAAGCAUUUUGGCUGCUUAUGGUUGUGUGUUACUACUUACAAGUGUCUUGAAAAUUAUGCAGAACUUUGCCUUCUUUUUUUAAUGUCUUCCACAAUGUCGUGACUGAUGAUAACCCUGUUUCCCCUCAGAGAAGAGCUGUGGCUCAGGGAUCUUUGUUAACUCUGGCAUUUAGUAGCUUUGUGAAGGAAGGAAACCAUUAAGUGACCUGACAAAAACUGACUCAUGUCUUUAAAGUAGUUGGAGCCACUUUUAGAAUGUUAUUCUUGGUUGGUUUUGCCUACUUCUAAUGGCUUAAAGCCAAGAAAACCAUAGUAUAAAUCCUUUUGUGUACCUAUGCUAGUGUUAAAAUGGCAGUUUGUUCUGAUGAAGUAUCAGUCACUUCAAGUUUUAUGUGAAAGUUUUUAAUUAGGUUAAAAAUAAUUUUGGCAUACCUCUCUACUCAGUUUAUAAAGCAAUUCCACACAAUGCAAACAAAACUCUAAGAGCAAAGGUUAUCUUGACCUGAUGUUACUUGAAUUUGAGAGAAAGUCAUUACUUACUACUACACUCCUGCUUUUGUGGGAAAAAUUUUGUUCUUCCCCAGAAGAAUUAACAGUUGAGUGUUCAGCUCCUGACUUACCUUUAAUUUAGAGGCAAUAUUAUUACUGUUUAAGUGAUUAUUUGCUUGCCGCAGGUUUUAUUUUGUCUUUUUUCUGGUAGAGUAUACAAUGGACAACUUUAGUGAUGAGGCAUGUGGAUGACUUGGUGGGAGUAGGUAUAUACUUAGUGGAAUGGUGUAUUUUAUGGAAGAGAAUUCACUGGAGGUGAGAUUGAAGUAUAUUGUAAAGCGGGAUUUGAACAGCACAUAUGCUCUGGUUUGCUCAAAUAACUGCAGUUUAUGCUUACUUCUCAAUUUUGUUUCUGUUACCUAAACGGGAGCUUCUAGAAUUAUGAAGGCCAUAUCUGCCACAUUUAUAAAAUAAUGGUUUUAUGCCUGCCCUCAAAUCAUCAGGUUCCUCGGGUUUAAGAGAAGCGGUCUCACAGACGGGAACAGAAGUUGUGGUGGAGGUGAUUUGGGAUAGACUGAGUUCCCUAUGCAAGUGGAUGUGAGCUCCUCAUAGAAACCAGACCUACUGUGUUAGACAGGAACCUCUAACCUCACCUCCAAGCCCAAGUGUACAGCCCUGCGGGGUUACCUGGUGACUGAAUUUCCCAGAUUCACUCUAAACUCAAGGUAGUGACCCAAAUAAACCGGGAGGGGAGCGUGUCAAGGAGGAAAAGCUGUUGAAAAUCUUUCUCCUAUUUAAGAGAAAUAUAUGCCCUAGAGCUGCUCCAGCACCCUUGGUUUCUGACUUUUUUAGUAUUGAAUAUGGAUUACAAGAAUGAAAUCAGAUGACUGCAAAAAUGUUUAUAAGCAAAUAGCCUUCUUACAUUUUGGUAUAAAGCUGUGAACUUCGUAACUUUGUAAAGCAAGAUAUAAAGCAAAUACAAGAGGAAAAUAAAGUACUUUUACUAACUGA